AUGUCAUCUCUUGAUAGUUCUCAAGAACUAUCAACUUUUUCUAACUACCUUCCGAGGCUUCGAAGUCUUUGGGUGGAUUUCAAAUCUGAAGAUCAACUUGCUUUACAUGCUAAAAUAAUUUUGGAUGCUUUAUGUGUCACAGUUUCUAAGGAUUUGGAAUCAACUGCAACUACAUCACAAUUAUCAAGCAGUAGUCAAGUGCAUGUUUUAGGAUCAAACCAUUGCUUGAAGUCUCUUUUAAUUCAAAUGGGAAUGAAUUGCCACGUCACUAAUUUUCUGAAAAAGAAAAUUUUACAGAACAUGAAUGUCAAUGAGAGCGAUGUUUGUUUUCUACCCGGUGAUAAUUAUCCAAAUUGGAUAACCUUUCAUUCUGAAACCUCUUCUGUAACCUUUCAAGUCCCUCAAGUGGAAGAGCGUAACUUGAAUACAAUGAUGUGCGUUGUCUAUACUUGCACUCUAGACGGCAUAGCAUCCGAUGGGCACCUUAAAAGUGUGUUAGUGAAAAAUUACACAAAGAGUACCAUUCAGCUUUAUAAGAGAGAGACAUUAGCCUCCCUUGAAGAUGAUUUUAGUGAGGAGGGGCGGAGGAUAGUAUUGAGCAUGGAACCCGGUAACAAAGUGGAGGUUGUCUUUGUUUUUGAGAAUAGUUUCAUUGUGAAGAAGAUUGCAGUUUAUCUAGUAUAUGAUGAACCGGUUGGUGAAGAACUGGAGCUACAUCAAGUACCUGAUCUGAUAGGCAUUGUUUGUAGAGAUGACGAAAAUGAAGCUACUGAAGAAGAGUCUGUCGAUGACUUCAAUCCUAACAGAAAGAAGAGAAGUCGAGUGGAAUGA